UCCAAAAAGCACCCUACUUCAUUCUCUGUCCAUGCCCGCAUGUGAAUAAAACCCUCCUGCGACCCCUCUGCCCCAUUCUCUCUCUCUAAGCCGCUAGGUCUUCUGCUUCUCUACUCUUCGAAGUACCAUUUCUAGUGUAAUCCAUCAAUUACCUUAAAUUCAAAACCCAUAAAAUCACACACAAAGUUCUGAUACUUUUGCCCCCUAAAAUAAAGGUCGUUUUCAAAUCCACUUUCUCUCUCUACCAACAAAUUCUCCAUAAUCCAUCUCCCUUUCUCUCCCUGUACUGCAACUGAAUUUAUAAUCGGAGCUCAACCAUUGAUGGCGAAGACCAAACCUGGCAAAAAAGACUUGGAUUCUUACACUAUCAAAGGCGCCGACAAAGUCGUCAGACCUGGAGACUGUGUGCUGAUGCGGCCGUCGGACUCCGGCAAGCCACCGUACGUGGCGCGAGUGGAGAAGAUCGAGGCCGAUCAUCGGAACAACAUUAAGGUCCGGGUGCGAUGGUAUUACAGACCCGAGGAGUCGAUCGGAGGUCGGAGACAGUUCCAUGGAGCCAAAGAGUUGUUCUUGUCCGACCACUUUGAUGUGCAGAGUGCUCACACUAUAGAAGGGAAGUGCAUUGUUCACUCCUUCAAGAAUUACACCAAGCUUGAGAAUGUUGGUGCCGAGGAUUACUUCUGCCGAUUCGAGUACAAGGCUGCCACCGGAGGAUUUACGCCAGAUCGUGUUGCUGUGUAUUGCAAGUGUGAGAUGCCUUAUAACCCGGAUGACCUUAUGGUGCAAUGCGAGGGGUGCAAGGACUGGUUCCAUCCUUCUUGUAUGGGUAUGACCAUUGAAGAAGCAAAGAAAUUGGAGCGCUUCUUGUGUUCUGACUGCUCAUCUGACGAUGAUACCAAAAGAUCUCCAAACUCAUUUCCAGUAUCACCAUCCGUUGAGGCUAAGGUGGAGCCGAAGCGCCGGAAGAGGUGACCGAUUGAUGGUGAUACAUUGUGAGGGAGGUACUCAAUUUCUUUGUAUUAGGUCCGGCAUUGUUGUUGUGUUGUGGAAAUGUACAGUGCAAAGAAUAUACUGUGCCUUGCACAAACAGAGAUUCCUCCUAAUUUUUAUCUGAAAAUGUCUGUACGUGUGUGCUAGGCUUGUGAGACUAA